AUGGCAGCGUCCAUCAUCCACCAUUUGAAGGCGACUGAGAACUGUCCUGUUCUAUUCUUCUUCUUCAGAAACAUUGUCGCGGCCAAUUUCUCUCCUCGCGCUCUCAUUCAAGACUGGCUGGCCCAGCUUCUGCCACACUCUCCAAAGCUGCAAUUCGCCCUCCAAUCUCGGCUCAACACCAAGCUGGAGGAGACCUCGGAUAAUGAUCUCAUCGACAUCUUCCUCAAUGGAGCUUCUCAUGUUCCGAAACUCUACUGUGUUGGAGAUGCCCUCGAUGAGAUGACGACUGAGAACAGACCUUUCCUCGACAAGCUCAACAGUCUCGCGACUCACCGCCCUCAAUCAUUGAAGCUUCUCAUCACCAGCAGACCCAAGCAAUAUCUCCAGAGUGCGUUGCGCGACUCUUCAAUCGUCCAUAUCAGCCUUCAGCAACUUCUUGUGGAUGCUGACAUCAACUCGUAUCUUCGCCAUCGAUUUGAUACGGCUGUCAUGUCCGAGGACAAACUCCAGAUCAAAGAGCAGCUUAUCGACAUGGUUGCUAAAAGGUCUGAAGGCCUGUUUCUCUAUGCCAAACUCACCAUGGACCAAAUUGAAGCUGCUCUUGCCGACGAUGGUCCGGGGGACAUCAAUGCACUCGAGCAAUCCCUUCCUAUUGGCUUGGAGCAGACAUAUACCAACAUGUUGGCAAAACAGCGUCAAGAGAAGGGCAUCAGUACAGAUCUUCAAGUGUUUGUUCUUGAGGCUGUUACCCAUUCAUCCCGACCUCUCCGCUUGAGCGAGCUAGCAAGCCUGGUCAAGUUCAUCCGUCCGGAUUUAGACGCUCCCGCUGGCUUCAAAGACCUUGUUGCUACCUGCUGCGGACCGCUGAUCGAAGUCCUGGAGGACGAGACCCUGCAAGUCAUUCAUCACUCUUUUACUGAGUUUCUCCGUGGUGAUACUCGUGCCGUUUCAAAGGACGAGGCAUCCUCAAACUUUCCAGUCAUCAACUCUCUCGAGGCGCACAAGAUGAUGGCCAUCAACUGUCUUCAGUACCUCCAGUCCGGAACUCUCCUGCUCCCUGGCGAAUCUGCCGAAGAUAGCUUCGACUACCGAGAAGCUCGCUUGCACCAUCCAUUCCUGGGCUAUGCCGUGGAGAACUGGGCAUAUCACGCUAGCCAUUACGACGUGAAAGACCAAGAGUUUUUCAAUACCAUCCAAGACUUUAUCAGGCUUGAUAGCUUAGGGUUUCGAAGAUGGCUCCCUAUUCAGUGGGGUCUAAUGCCCUGGAAGAAAGGGGUCGUCGUCGACAUUCCCAAGGCCCUUCACAUCGCCGCCUUUGCUGGCAUGUCUGAGUUCGUGUCAGAUUUGAUAGGACAAAGAGAAUUUGUGUCCUCACUUGAUGAGCAAUGGCGUAUUCCACUUCAUUGGGCCGCCGCGAACGGCCAUGCAAAGGUGGCGUCACUGCUUAUCCAGCAUGGAUCUGAUCCCAAUGCCGUGGACAGAAGUGGUCUGAGGCCGAUUCAUCUUGCGGCCAAGAAGAACCAUGCGUCGGUGGUCAAAGUCCUGCUGGAGGCAGGAGUUGAUCCUAGUACACCCAGGCUAAGCCUACGUGGGGGUUCUUCGUAUUCCCUGGAUCAUAGCCGAGCCAUCGAGGGUGAGAAUGCACUUCUGUACACCAGUGAAGCCGGCCACACAGAGACGAUUGAAGCAAUGAUCCCUUUUUGCGGUAAAGAAGCACUCGAGCAACUUCUAUGCGAGUGCUGCCGGUUCUCACGGACCGACUCCGUCCUGUCUAUCCUCGACAAGACAGAUGUCUCUGUCAACGUCUUGCAUCGUGGAGGGUCUCCUCUGCACUAUGCCUGCAUUUCGGCCAAUUUCAAUUGCGCCAAGGCCCUCAUCAAGCGAGGCGCGGAUCUCCAUAAAUUGGCCAGAUCGAAGCUCCCCGAGGCAGGCCUCCAGGCUUAUGGCACAGACACGACGACAUUGCUAACACCGUUGAAUGAGCUGAUGCGUGUAUGGAAGAAGAGUAACGACGCCGCCUGUCGCUCCAUCCUGAAGCUGCUCGUCAAGGCCGGUGUUGAUCUCGAGCAAACCGACAGCAGAGGCAGCACUGCCUUGUCUAGAUUGGUUCAACCCUUCCCAAAGAUGUCUGGUGGCCUUUAUGUACCUGCUCUCGAGGCCUUGUUGGAGGCAGGAGCCAAUGCAAAGGUGAUGAGCCCGCACCAUGGCGGCAACAGCCCUUUGCAUACAGUUGUUGCGGCAAAUCGGAGUCUCAGGGCAGUGCAACUCCUCAUCAACCACGGAGCUGAUCCAAAU